UUGGCGUGGACUUCGUGAGACCUAAUUAAACAGCCACCAUACACUGUGGACUGUGGAGAUAGCUACAGCCACAGCCCACAGUGCAAGUGAAGCGGUAGCUAGCUAGCUAGCUCACACCAAGGUAGCCGAGAUGGACGCCGACGUCGAGACGCGCAGCAGCGCGGGGGCGAGAGACGAGCCCAGCGGGUGGCUGGGGAUCGAGGAGGCCCCGCCGUUCACGGGGAAGAAGACGGCGGCGGCGGCCAAGCAGGCGGCCGCCGGCGUCAGGCGAUGGAGCUCCGUGGUGAACGCCACGCUGGUGGUCCUGAUCAUGACCGCGCCGCCCCUGCUCGUCCUCCUCGGCGGCGGCCUCGGCGCGCCGGCGGUGUGGAUCAAGUCCACCCUCGCUGGCAUUGGCUCACAGUCGCAACCCAAGAGAGACGUGCUUCUCGGCGGCCUGCUGGUUCCAGGGUUCGACGAGCAGUCCUGCGCCAGCCGCUACCAGGCCGCGUACUACCACAAGAGCAUGGCGCGCCGGCCGUCGCCGUACCUCAUCAAGCGGCUCAGGGAGCAGGAGGCCCUGCAGCGGCGGUGCGGCCCGGGCACGGAGCCGUACGCGCGGGCGUCGGAGCGGCUCCGGUCCGGGCAGACGGACGCCCGCGACGUCGACGGCUGCAGCUACCUCGUGCUCAUCUCGUACCGAGGCCUGGGCAACCGGAUGCUCGCCAUGGCGUCGGCGUUCCUCUACGCCCUGCUCACCGGCCGCGUGCUCCUCGUGGACCCCGGCUACGGCAACACCCUCGCGGACCUCUUCUGCGAGCCGUUCCAGGGGGCGACGUGGGCGCUGCCCGCCGACUUCCCGCUCGCGAACUUCAAGGAGCUGGGCGAGGACGCGCCGGAGAGCUACGGGAACGUGGCGGUGAACCGGAGCGGGUCUGUCGCCGGCCUGCGUUUCGUGUACCUGCACCUCGACCACGCCGCGUCGCCGGCGAGCAGGCUCGUGUACUGCGACGACCACCGGCAGUUCCUCCACCGCGUGCAGUGGGUGAUCAUCAGGACCGACCAGUACAUGGCGCCGGGGCUCUUCUUCAACCCGGCGUACCAGGAGGAGCUCGGCCGGCUGUUCCCCCGCAAGGACUCGGUGUUCCACCUCCUGUCGCGGUACCUCCUGCACCCGACCAACGACAUCUGGGGCAUGGUCAUCAGGUACUACAACUCGUACCUGAGGAACGCCGACGAGCGGCUGGGCAUCCAGAUCAGGGUGUUCGACACCAGCCGCAAGCCGUUCCAGAGCGUGCUGGACCAGAUCCUCGCGUGCGCGUCGCGGGAGCACCUGCUGCCGGCGGUCGCGACCAUGGGAGGAGCCGCGCCGCCGGCCCUCCCGGCCGCCGGCGCGAGGUCCGUGGCCGUCCUGGUGACCGGCCUCAACUCCUGGUACCAGGAGAGCAUCCGGGAGGUGUACUGGACGUCGGCGACCGCCGGCGGCGAGGUGGUGAGCGUGCACCAGCCGAGCCACGAGGAGUACCAGAUCUGGUUCUACAGCAAGCACGACAUGAAGGCGCUGGCCGAGAUCUACCUGCUGAGCCUGACCGACAGGAUCGUCACCUCCGGCUGGUCGACGUUCGGGUACGUCGGGCACGGGCUCGGCGGCCACACGCCGUGGGUCAUGUUCAGGCCGAUGAACUACUCGGAGCCCGCGCCGGACCCGCCGUGCACGAGGGCCAUGUCCAUGGAGCCGUGCUCCCACGGGGCGCUCUCCUUCGAGUGCACGAGGAAGGAGAUCGACAAGGUGAUCGACACCGGGGUCCUGCUGCCCCAUGUCCGCCCGUGCGAAGACAUGUCGUGGGGACUCAAGCUCAGAGAUCCGGCUGUCGGAAACAAGGUGUAGAGCCUUUCAUCACAUCAUAACGCAGUUGAGACCGUCA